CUCAAAUUAGCCAGAUCCUUCAAGUGGAUGGCCUUUAAAAAAAGGAUGCUUCCCCAGGAUUUCUACCUCUGACGCAUUAUCUGACUCUCGUUUUUUUCGUUUUUUUCGUUUUCAAUCCACGCUCGCUAUAACUACCAGUAUCAUGAAGAUCACCUCACUUUGGGCGACCGUGGCCCUGUUCACCUCGUGUGUUCCAGCAGCCCUUGCGCAAGCCACCCCGACCACAGCUUCGCCAACCACUGCCACCUCCGCGACACCAACUUGUACGGCUUCGCUCAUUACUCGUCUUUGCGACUACAAAGAACCAGGCCCGGAAUUCGCCGUAGCCAUCGAGAGCAACGCCUCCUGCUGGCGCUACUGCGACGCCCACCAGCCCUGCAACUUUGCCAUCUUCGCCGCCGGAAACCCAUACACGGGCACAGGCACAUGCUGGCUCUACCCAGGAGAAGAUUUCGACAAGAGCGCCGGCAACACAGACUGUGGGAAUCCCUAUCUGUACGUCUACAGUAAGCCGGAAUGCGCUGGUGGUAGCCCGACCUCUGGGGGCGGCGCCUGCUCUGCCACAGCGUCUCCCUCCGCCGUCGCAUCUGUCUGUGGUUACCCACCGCCCGAGGACUGCUUCUACAGCUGCAUCGCCAGCGAGGGCGCAUCGAGCUGCCUGAGUUCGUGCGCAAAGGCCGACUCGUGCAGCUACGCCGUCUUCAACCCGCACAACCCGAGCAACUCCCCCUACGCCUCCGGCACCUGCUGGGUCUAUUCCAACGGCACGUUCGACGCUGGAUCCACGACCCCUUGCAGUGGCGGCGCCGAGCAGUUUGUCUACAACAACGCGUGUCCCAAGCCAAAGCCAUCGCUCUCGCCUUCGUCGCCCUUCUCGUCUGGUGCGGAAUCGUCUUCUUCCCCGUCCGCGACAGCAUCCACCGGCACCGUGGGAGUGGGGAAUGCUCAGUCAAACCCGACUGGAAGUAGUUCAAACUCCGCACCUGGCAUCCUCUCGCCCUCCAACCUCUGGGCCGUAGGCGGUGGCAUGGCUCUGUUCACGUGGCUGCAGGGUCUCUGCUGAUAGUUCACCUUUCGUGCUUUCUCUUCAUUCUUUCGCAUAAAAAUUGGGGAUAAGCUGUCGCAAGAGCGGGGGAGGGGAUAUACCAAUGCGACGAUACAUAUAAUCAUGUCUAAUAUUAUGAUGAAAAAAUAUUGAUCUGUAAUUAUUUAGAUGAUAGUCAUACAUACUAUUUCAUUUCCAUCAAAUACCCCAAAUCAGAUUGAUGACUCCUUCCUUUUUCCAUGUCC